AUGGAGGUGAUCAACGAAGUCAGCAGGUUGGUUUGUAAGGAAAAGAGUGCCGACUACUUGAUUCCAGUUGAAGAUAACCUGAGUUUGGAGAAUAAUUACUCGAUGGCUUUGAAAUCCUUAUCAGUAUGGAUCAGUAAGAUUGGUAAAGAUCAGACAGCGAGACGACUAUUGGCUCAAUCAUCAAGUUUAUGGGAGCUUAUAGAGCAAUUUUUGGAACGAGAAUCCAAUUCAAUACGCAAUGAACAUGAUGGUGAAUAUGCUAGAGAUAGACUUCGAGUUCUUCGGGGGGUGGUUCUUUUAACCUCGAACGUUCUUGGAGGAGUGACUCAAGAUAAUAAGAUGGAUUUUUCUAAACUUCAGGACCAAUUUUCUUCUCUUUGUGUUUGUUUUCUCCAAAAGAAGGAAGUAAAAGUGUAUGAUGGAAUCGUAGUUUUGGGAGCUUUGGCAUGUUUUCAGGCCCUUUCAAAUCUCCUAGUUAGUCUUGAAAACCAAGGAAAGCCUAUAGAAUGGACCGAAAACGAUUUCAGUGCUAUCAAUGCUGUUGUGUGUACUAAUUGCACAGGAGAAGACUCGAGAGCACUCUGGAUCUCCAUGUUCAGAUACCUUGGAAAAUUAACAUCAUCGGAAGAUUUUGUCAAAAGCUGGCUAGAAGACCAUUUACCGGACUAUAAAAAUUUGAUGGUUAAGUAUCGAAAGCAGGUCGCAAAUAAUCCCGAUAGUAUUGUACCUGCGUUGAACUUAUCAUUUCAUAUUAUAACCAGUGCAUAUAUAGAAAAAUUGGUCACGAUAUUGACUCUUCAAGACGAGCAGAUACUUGAAACGUUUCUACAGGCUCACAAAAACGAGGAUGAGGAUUCUUGUUUGGAGCUGAACUUUGAUACAGAGCCAACAGUACUAAUGAUACUACUAAGAGAUACCCAAAUUAUUGUUGGAAGUAAGGACACCGGAUGGACUCGAGAGAGUAAAAUAAUAGUUGCUUCCUGGUUGAUGAAUUAUACACUAAAUCUCAAGACGAUUUUAACGGAAAGAUGCCAAACGAUAUCUGUUGACAGCAUUUUGAAAGCCUAUAAGUGGCAUCUUGCACCUACUUUGGACUCUAUUUCCAGUCUUUUAAGAUUUUCGACGGUUACUGAAAUGCUCAACUCCUAUAAUUUCCUAUCGAAUAUUCUUAUGCUUUUUGAAAUCGUUUGCAAGAAGACGAAAAGAGGACGUUUGGACGAUGCCGAGAAUGAUAUCGACAGCUCUAAGAUGGCCGGUAUUAAGAGCAUGAUUUUAGAAAUUAUCGGCUAUCUUGUUAGUGGCAACUUUAAGAACCAAGAAUUAGUGAGAAAUCAACAUAGCCUUGAAUUAGUUUUGGAUAGUUGCAACUUAGAUUUUGAUGAGCCGUUUAUCAGGGAAAGAGGCAUUCUCUGCAUCAAAUCAUUGUUAGACAACAAUCGCGGGAAUCAGGACUUUAUUGCCAAUCUGGAGGCGAAGGGAACGAAGAUGGAUGAAAAGAGCCGAGAAAUUAUGGAAGAUUGCGGGUAUCAAGUAGAGUUUGAGGAGGGACAGGUUCGGUUGAAAGCUAAGGGAAGCAUUAAAGAGGUGUAG